AUGUGGGUUUGUGUUUCUGAACCUUUCAAUGAUGUUAGGGUUGCCAAAGCAAUCAUUCAAGAAGUUGGAGGUCUUUCCCCCGACAACAAUACUGAAUUGGAAACUCUACUAAAAAGUAUUUGUAAUUUGAUCAAGGGAAAGAAGUUCUUUCUUGUCUUAGAUGAUGUAUGGACUGAAGACUACAUAAUUUGGGAGCCAUUUAAACUAGCACUCCAAUAUGGUGCCCAAGGUAGUAGAAUUCUAGUGACUACACGUAAAGAAAGAGUUGCAGAAAUAAUGGGGAGUGCCUACAGGAUCAAUUUGGAGGCACUGUCUGAUGAAGAUUGCUGGCUGAUAUUCAAUAAAAUUGCAUUUUUGGAGAAGAGUCUACAGCAAUGUAAGCAACUAGAAGACCUUGGCAGAGAACUAGCAAAGAAAUGCAAAGGCUUGCCACUUGCUGCAAGGACUUUAGGGAGUCUUAUGCGCUUCAAGAAAAGUAAAGAACAAUGGAAAAAUGUUUUAGAUAGUAGUUUGUGGAAAUUAGAAGAUGUUGAAAAAGGACUUUUUGCACCUUUGUUAUUGAGUUAUUAUGAAUUACCCUUCACAAUGAAACGAUGUUUCUCAUAUUGUGCCAUCUUUCCUAAAGAUUAUGUGAUUUAUACAAAUGAUCUGGUCAAACUGUGGACGGCACAAGGAUAUCUCGACUUAGAAGAAAAUAUGGACAUGGAAUUGGAAAUUAUAGGAGAAGAGUACUUUGAAAACUUGGCCAUGCGUUCUUUCUUCCAAGAUUUUGAAAAAGAUGAGCGUAAUGAUAUGAUAAGAAGUUGCAAAAUGCAUGAUAUAGUGCAUGUCUUUGCUCAAUUAAUAAUGAAAAAUGAAUGCUUUUCAAUUGAAGUCAAUGGUGAUAAAGAGUUUGGGAUAGACUCUUUCCACAAAAGUACUCGCCAUUUGUCAAUAACACCUAGAGGAGAAACACAAUUUCCUGUGGCAGUGUACACGGCAAAAAAUUUACGCACUCUCUUACCUUUGAAGACUUCAUUCUCAAACAUUAACCAUGUCCUGCCUGAUUUACUACAACAUUUGACAUGUUUACGUGCAUUAAAUCUGAGUUGUAGUUCUAUUGAGAAACUUCCGGAUGGGGUGGAAAAAUUAAUACAUUUAAGAUUCAUUGACAUAUCUUAUAACAGUAAAUUGAAGGUAUUGCCUGAAUCAAUAUAUAAUUUGUGUAAUUUACAAACUUUGAAUGUUAGUAGAUGUCAUGGCAUUGAGAAACUGCCUCAAGGGAUGAGUAAACUAAUUAAGUUAAGACAUCUUGUUCUUCAUGGGAUUAAUUUUACCAAGCCAUUUCCAACGGGUAUUGGGAAAUUGAGUUCUCUUAGAACAUUGGAGCAAUUCGUUGUAAGUGGUAGGGGUGAUAUUGGAGGAUGUAAACUAGAAGAAUUGAAACUUUUGAACUACCUUCAAGGAGCUCUUGUGAUAAAAGGGUUGGGAAAUGUGAUAGAUGUGGUUGAGGCUGAGAAUGCACAUCUCAAAGAGAAAAUACACCUUUGUCGUGUGCGUUUAAAUUUUGAUGGGACCAGUGAAGAGAGUAGAAGAAUGGAGAAUAAUGUACUAAUUCUCAAUGUCUUAGAGCCACAUCCAAACUUGGAGCAUUUACAAAUCUAUUGGUAUGAAGGCAGCACAAUGUUUCCCAAUUGGAUUAUGUCCUUAACCAAACUGAAAAAGCUUGAAAUCAUAGAUUGCAAAAAUUUCAAUUCUAUACCUCCUUUGGGGAAGCUUCCAUUCCUUGAAUCAUUAGAAAUACGAAAUGCAGAUAGUGUGAAAAAGGUGGGAGUUGAAUUUUUGGGAAUAGAAUUUAAAGACAAAAAUACAAGGGAUUAA